AUGGAGGACGAUAUAAAGCAGGAGGCUGACUUUACGCUUGCCAAAAAGUAUAAAGGCCGAGAUCUCAAUCCGGACAUAGAUGUUCAGGAGUACAUCAACGGAAUCGACCCCGAUUGCGCGGUUUACCCUUACGUCUGUCCCAAAUGCGGCCGUCCCUACAAGGAUGAGGUAAUGCUUGAAGUCCACCUCGACAGUUUCGACCACAACAAUCCGCCUGACGACUAUGAUCCCUGCGAUCUUCAUUGGAAGCCAAAGAAACGCGUGGAACGUUUGAAAGACGAACUGGAGCGUGAAUCUCGCGACUCUGGAUCAGAGACGGGGAACAACGGGCCCAGUACGCCGAAGCAGAACGCCCGCACCCCCGGCCGAGGUCCUGGAAGUCACAAACGGCGAAAAACAACCCCCUGGUCGAGGAAACGAAAAGCCAACUUUCGCCGGGGCUCCGAUGUCUCUGAUACGCCGAGGACGAAGACGAGGGUCAGAGUUGACGAAAACGGGCGGAUUACGACGGAUAACUUGACAUGGGCCGAAGCUCAGCGACUGGUCGAGUUUGAGGAUGAUAAUACAAACAAGAUCUACAGAGUCUCUAUCUUUGAGGACGUCGAAGUGGUCAAAUCUGACGGAACAGACCUCCCUCCCCUUCAAAAAGGCCCCCGCGUUCCUGUGCCAGAAACGAUAGUAGAAGAAGUCGAUGUGCCGAAGUUACAAAACAGAAAAAUUUCCUCAGAAUACAUCGAAUACAAAGCGGAACCGACCGAAAAUGCGAUCGAGUACCAAAUGGACGAGGAAGACCACGUCAUGCUCGAGCACAUCAACGAACUGAGAGAGAGCGACAAUCUCAAGCCGCUCAGCUGCGAGACUUUCGAAAAAUUCAUCGAUGCAAUCGAGAAGGAGUCGAUGUGGGACACGGGGAACAAGCCGAGGACGAGCACGAGGGACAUUGACGAUGAAGACGUUGUCUGCUGCGUUUGUAACGACGGAGAGUGCACGAAUACGAACGCGAUCCUCUUCUGCGACUUGUGCAACUUAGCUGUUCACCAGGAGUGCUACGGUGUGCCAUACAUUCCAGAAGGCCAGUGGCUCUGUCGUCGUUGCCAGUUCUCCCCUUCUCGGGCUGUGGAUUGCGUUCUAUGCCCCUCUCUCAACGGAGCAUUCAAACAAACGCACGACAAUCGCUGGUGUCACGUAGUUUGCGCGCUAUGGGUGCCAGAAGUCUCCUUUCAAAACCCAGUUUUCCUCGAGCCCAUUGAUGGAUUUUCGAAGGUGCCCAAGGCGCGCUGGAAUCUGAAGUGCUACAUUUGUAAAAAAGCAGGCGCCUGUAUUCAAUGCAACAAAAACGCUUGUUACACGGCCUUUCACGUUACUUGCGCGCAGCAGACCGGCUUGUACAUGGAAAUGAAAGUUCAAAAGUCGGAUGGAAUUAAUGGAAUCACAAGUAACAAAGUAACACAGACUGCUUUUUGCCACAGCCACACGCCGAAAGACUGGAGUCCCAGGCCGCUAAAGUCAUCAGAAAAACUGCCAAAAAUAAAAAAUAGAGCGGAUCAAUUCCAAGCCAAAGUCGACGAAACGCGGGAAGCAAUGGAAGGGCGAAAUACAACCCGAACCUGUGUCAACAUCCCAUACAUUCCAUCCGACAAGUUGGGCAUCCUGCGUGCGAUUUUGAGCGAAAGUGUAACAACCAAAGUCAGCCCUUUGUUCAAGCAAUUGCUGACGUUUUGGAACGAAAAGAGAAUGGUGCGCAACGGCGUUCCCCUGAUUCGAAGAUUACUUUCUGUCCAAAAAACUGAAAAAGACAAUCAUGCCACUGAAGAUGAUAAGAAAAAAGUCAAGGAACAAUUGCGAGUCUGGCAGCGCUUACGACACGAUCUUGAGCGUGCUCGGCUGCUUGUAGAGCAGAUCAAGAAGCGUGAACGAUUAAAAGCAGCUGAAAUUCAAAAAUGGAUACAAUUAUCGAGAGUGAGGAUAAAUCCUUGGGCCUACUUUCUCAAGGACAUUGUUGAGAAACUAAAAGAGCUUGAUGAUCAAUCGAUAUUUUACAACCCAGUAACGGACGAUAUUGCCCCUCUCUACUCCAAAAUCAUCACCUCGCCGAUGGCCUUCGCCACGAUGGAGCAAAAAAUCGCCCAAAGUAAAUACAACUGUUUCCCCGCUUUCGAAUACGACGUAAGCCUCAUCCUUCGUAAUUGCAUGCACUACAACGGCAGCGCGACGAUAUUCUACAAAAUCGCCAAAGAUUUGGAAACGAAGAUUCAGCCCAUGUUGCGCGAGGCUAGAAAGUUAGCCAAACGAUACAACACGGUCACUGGAAAUCACCUCCUUCCCGGCGAAAAAUUUGACCAAAAGGAACCCGAAGUCGCUCACGUGCGCAGCAUUCUUGCCGAUCUCCGAAAGUGCCUGCGAAAAGUCCAAAAGAACUCCAACACCAAACACUCAAAGAAAACUGUUCAAAAACUCACUGCUGAUAUCAAGAUUUUCGAGCGACGGCUUCGGACGAUGGGGGUUGACGAAUUCGAGACUGCUCCUGUCGUCAAGAAGCAGCCAAAGAUCGAAGAGGUUGAAGAUAAUGAUGAGGAAGCUGAAGAAAAGGCUGAACCAGACACUAAAGAGCCUGAACAAACAACAGAUGCGGGUUGUGAAGAGGAAGAAACUCAAGAGCCAGAGACCAACGGCGAAGUGGGAGAAUCAGACUCCGAUGUGGAAGAAGAAGCGGAACAACAAGAUGAACCCUCCGCAACUUUGGAAAAAGGAGAAUCCUCGACUCCUCUCACCGAGGUCCAUGAAAACGGCCAAGAGCCUCCCGAAGAGAAAGAGCCAGCUUUGAAGAAAGAAUUCGUGAACGGCACCUCAAAAGAAUCAACCGACAGCGAAAUGAACGGCUUUAUCGAGGAGGACGAUUCAAACGACUCGAAAGAAGAGAUUAAAUCCUCGAACAAGAAAAUAGACCUUCGCAAUUUUCAGCCUCUUGACACAGGCUACCCCUGGUACCCGGCGCGGAUUAUCAACCCCGAGCUGACAACUGGGGAGCCUCUGUUGCUCGGGGACGAGGAGAUCCCCCAGCCUUCCGUCGACAUCAUUAAGGCUGGCAACAAGCUUAACCUCGAGGGUGAAUCCCAACAUCAUUUGGUCCUUUUCUUCGAUCAGAAGCGCACAUGGAUGUGGCUUCCAACUAAUAAAAUCGCGCUGCUUGGCAAGGAUAACAAGUUCGACAACAGUAAACUUCGAGAAGGAAAAACUAACGCACAGAAAAAAUCUAUAAUGCGCGCGUAUAAAUGCGCUCUUGAACCUCUCAGCCCAGAUUGA